GAAUGAUCAGCAGAAGGUUACAAAUGAGAAGGAUUCUGUCGCCGGAAAUCUCAAACGCGGCACCCCAGUUUUGCUGUCUCUGUCUAGAUAUUUAAGAAGUGUGGCAAGGGAUUCAAUCAGCCAUCCUUCCUGCUCAGACUGUGGAGAGGGAUCCAACUGGCGUACCCGUCAUUUUAGACAGGAGAAAGGCCGGUUACCUGCUCAGACAGUGGGAGUGGAUUCACUCGGUUAUCACAAUUGAAGGUACAUCAGUCAAAUUCACACUGGACAAGGCCAAUCACCUGUUCUGUGUGUGAGAAAGGAUUCAGUCAGUCUUCCCACCUGUGGACACACCAGUCAGAGGCUGGUCAUCUGCUGAAUUUGUGGGGAACGAUUCACUUGGCCAUCUGACAUAAUGGCUCACCUGCGAGUUCACACUGGAGAGCAGCCGUUCAGCUGCUUGGACUGUGGGAAGGGAUUCACUUGCUCAUCUAAAUUAAACGUACAUCAGGGAGUUCACACUGGGGAGAAGCCAUUCACCUGCUCAGACUGUGGGAAGGGAUUCACUCACUCUUCCACACUAUGGAGACACCAGCGAGUUCACACUGGGGAGAAGCCAUUUACCUGCUCAGUCUGUGGGAAGAGAUUCACUCAGUCAUCCAUACUACAGAUUCAUCAGCGAAUACACACUGGAGAGAGGCCGUUCACCUGCUCAGAGUGUGGGAAGGGAUUCAUUCGGUCACACCAUCUGCAGAGACACCAGCAAGUUCACACUGGGGAGAAGCCAUUCCUCUGCUCAGACUGUGGGAAGAGAUUCACUGAGUCAUCCACUCUAUUGGUACAUCAGCGUGUUCACACUGGGGAGAAGCUGAUCACCUGCUCAGUCUGUGGGAAGGGAUACACUCAGUCAUCCCACCUACAUAGACAUCAGCGAGUUCACACUGGGGAGAAGCUGUUCCUCUGCUCAGACUGUGGGAAGAGAUUCACUCAGUCAUCCAACCUACAGAGUCACUUGCGAGUUCACACUGGGGAGAAGCCAUUCACUUGCUCAGAAUGUGGGAAGAGAUUCACUCAGUCAUCCACCCUACAGAGACAUCAGCGAGUUCACACCGGGGAGAAGCCAUUCACCUGCUCAAUCUGUGGGAAGGGAUUCACUCAGUCAUCCAACCAACAAUGUCAUCAGCGAGUUCACACUGGGGAGAAGCCGUUCACCUGCUCAGAAUGUGGGAAGCGAUUCACUCGGUCAUCCCAACUACUGGCACAUCAGUCAGUUCACAAUGGGGAGUUGCCAUUGUUAUGAAUCCCUAGGUUUCAUUUGCCAUGGACUGACAUUUUAAGAGAGAGGGAUUAAGAAGUAAAAUCAGUUGGACUUGCAGCUUGUUUACAUCGCUCGCAGCUUGUUUAGUUUUAACCGAGGACACAGACAAUCAGAGUCAGACGGAGAUGAAGGAGGAAAAAUGGAAGGAUUGAAAACAGGGAACUGGUGGCCAAGGGUCACUGUUUGGAGCUUCCCUAUGCCCACAAGGGUGGGUUAAUUAUCGAUUCACUGUACAUCGAAUGUUUGUUUGUCACCUCGUUAGAUCCAUAGGAGUGAAUCUGAUUUAGAAUAUCCUGUGAAGACAACUGAUGUGUUAUCCCUUGCAUGGCUGUGGUGAGGUAAUUCACUUGAAGACAAUAUUCCUUGUGACAAGUCAAUUUCGAUGAUAAUUUGAUGGAUAAAAUCUACAGUGACUGUUCUCUCGUUUUACCACCAUGGAACCUGUGGAAUUCGACAAAAUUGCCUUCGCUCGACAUUUAGCCUGGAUUGCAAAUAUCUCUCUCUCAUCACCUAUUCCAUGAAUGAACUGAACUUUCAUAUUUUACCAUCUGAAAACUGUAAGCAUUGUUUCCCCUAAACACAAUAGUUUUGGAGCAACAUUUACACACGUAUAUACACAUUACUCUGUUAACUUUUGUUUAUCUUGCUCAAGUUUCUACAUAGUAAAAAGAGGGGUUUUCACAUCAAAGCCAGACCCCAGUGUGAACUCAAUUGCUGCUGGUUUGUUUCUGAAGUGUUAUGGUUCAUAAUAAAAUUGGGGCCUGCAUCUGAAAUAUGAACAAAUUUGGGGUGUUUUUAUUGAUUAAUUAUUGAUUUCAUUGGGAAAAUCCCUUUUGAUUUAUUUGUGUGUUGAAAAUCAGCAGCGGACGCUGAUAGGUUUGUGGAAGCGCCAACCUCUGAGGCAUUGGAGGAUGCCAGACGGAUUGAGUUGUUGAGUAUUGCUAAAAUGUUAAAACUUGCCAAAGUGAAAUCGACAAUGAGGAGGGCACAGAUGCAGAGAAUUAUAGCUGAACAUGAUGUA